UUGACCAACGUCUCCGUCGUUCGGUACAAGCGCAGCGGCAAACGUUUCGAAGUUGCGUGUUACAAGAACAAGGUUCGGGAAUGGAGGACAGGAGUAGAGAAGGAUUUGGACGAGGUGCUUCAGAUCAAGAGCAUAUUUGUCAAUGUUUCAAAGGGGCAGACUGCUAGCAAAGAGGAUGUUGAAAAGGCUUUUCCCGGUUUGAAUACGGAUGAGGCGUUGCUUGAAAUAUUAAAAAAGGGCGACUUGCAGGUGGGAGAGAAGGAACGCUCUCAUGAACUGAGCAAUUCAUUCAGAGAGAUUGCGACUGGAGUGGCGGAGAAAUGCGUGGACCCCGGAUCACAGAGACCUUAUACCGUCGGCAUCAUCGAAAAGGCCAUGCACGAUGCUGGGUACAGCAUCAAGACGGGCAGGAGCGCUAAACAGCAGGUGUUGGACGUGAUCAAGCUGCUGCAAUCAUCCGACACGCUACCGAUCGAAAGGGCAAAGAUGCGCGUGAGGAUAACCAUGUCCAACAAGGAGGGCAAAAAGCUCAAAGAGAAGCUAUUGCCGCUGGUGGAAAAGGUCGAGGAAGACGAUUGGACGGAAGAUUGGGAACUUAUCGCAUCGAUCGAUCCGGGAGCGUUGCGCCAGAUCAACGAGUUGCUGGAGAAUGAGACGAAAGGAAGAGGCCGAGUAGAGACGCUCAGCUUUUCCAGCAUUGCCGACGGAGACGAG